GUUCGGUUCGCUACUUUUCCUUUUUAAGUUCCUGGAAAUCAGACGCCUCUCUCUACUUUUCUCUCGGUCUCGGAUAAUCGCUCUCGCCCAAAUCCAAUCCAUCCUUACCUCCGGAUCGUAGCAGGCUGUAUUGCUAGGUUGCCAACAUGCCGGCCACCGCGGGGAGGGUUCGCAUGCCGGCGAACAAUCGGGUGCACAGCAGCGCUGCCCUACAGACCCAUGGCAUAUGGCAGAGCGCGAUUGGGUAUGACCCCUAUGCGCCGAACAAAGAAGAGAAGAAGAAUAAACCUUCUCAGAAAAGCUCCGUCUCUGAGCCUGAGCCUGAGAAUGCCUAUGCUAGUUUCCAGGGUUUACUUGCUCUUGCCCGUAUAACGGGAUCUAAUGCUGAUGAGGCUCGUGGUGCUUGCAAGAAGUGUGGGAGGGUUGGGCAUUUGACAUUCCAGUGUAGGAAUUUUUUGAGUGCUAAGGAUGAGGGGGAAGGCAAGGACCCAGAAGCGAUCCAAGCUGCAGUUUUGUCUGGCUUGGAGAAGUUGAAGGGAGAAAGAGUGAAGGUGAAGGGGAAAAGUGAGAUGGAGAGUGAGGAGAGCAGUGAAGACGAGAGCGAGAGUUCUGAUUCCGAUUAUGACUCUGAGAUGGAGAGGGCUAUAGCAGAGAAAUUCGGAAGAAGGGUUAGUGGUGGUAAGUCGAGGAGUAGUAAGAGUAGGCAGAGGAAUGAUAGUGAUGAGUCGGAUGAUGACGAGUCAGUGGGGAAGUCUAGAAAGAGGGUGAGGAAAGAGAGAGGGAGGUCAAAGAAAAGGAGUAAGAAGAGGGGAAAUAGUGAUUCUGAGGAUGAAGAUGAUGGAAGAAGAAAGAAAAGGAAGGAAAAGAGGAGGAAAAGGGAUGACUCUUCUGAUGAGGAGGAGGAGCGCAGACGAAGAAAGAGGAAGAGUAGGAAGGAGAAGAGGAGGAGGAGGAGUCAUCAUCAUUCAGACGAUGAUUCUUCUGAUGAUUCUGUUGAUCUGCGACAUCAAAGGAGGAGCAGGAAGACAUAUUCAGACUCUGAUUCCGACGUCAGUGCUUCAGAUGAUUCGCGAGAGGGUAGGGGCAAGAAGCGGUCUGAGAAGAAGAGCCGGAAACAUCGCCAUGAAGAGGACUAGCUUCUACCGUAGGUGAUAUAUCUUGUGCUUUUAAGGUUCAUCUAAGCAACUGUUAAGUGUGCCUUAUUCAAUCUUAGUGGACAAUGAAUUAAUUUGGUGCAUUUGCUUUUUUUCAGUUUGAUGUAAUGUAUUAUUUUAAUUGCUUUGUUCUUUUAGUUGUAAGGAUUAUGAUAUUUACUGAGUAUGCUAUGUAUGAUUCAGACAUGUGAUCGGUCCUGUUAA